CGGCUCGUUUGCGUGCGGUUCCGCCGGAAUAUUUGAAUACCGAGGACCGUCGGCUCGAGUACCAGCCCGCCGUUCAGGAGUUUUAUGCUCGCGUACGGGCGACACAGAACGCGGGCAUGUCCUGUCGGCCGGGCAUUUGAACGCUAACGCGCGGAUCUCAGGACACGGUGCUCGCGUUCAAACGAGGGAACGGCGGAGUUCCACGAAUGGGAGUCGCGAACGCGAGUAGGAGAUCUUGUUUCGCUCGUGCACAGAACGCAGCCGUGUCAACAAUCGCACGAGUCGAACCAUGUCAUGUCGUGAUCUGCUAGUCCAGCUAUCUUCCCGCGUCGCGCCGGAGUACAAUGCGUCGGCAUGGCAGUGAAAUACUUGGACGGUCCCUUCGUCUUCAGACUUAACGACAAUGGUACAGGACCACAUCUGCUCAUACAGGUGUGCACGGAACGUGGCUGGAGGGAAUAUACUGGCGAUAAUAAUGUAUUCAAAGAUCGAUGGAAUUUAUGGUGGCGGUCCGGCGGUUUCUCGUCGCCUCAUUACAGGCCGUUGCCCUGGCAGUUCGUCAACAGAAUCCCGAAGGGCAGCUCGAUCUGCAGAAAGGACAAUCUUAUCCGGCACUUAAGAUGCAUGAAGAAGAUGCACGGCUCGAUCUACGAUUUCAGCCCCGCAGGUUACAAUUUGCCGUCGGAGUACACGAAAUUCGCGGAGGAGUGCAACCGCUGCGAGAAAGACGACAGGGUGUGGAUCUGUAAGCCGGUCAGUCAAAGCCAAGGGAGAGGCAUCUUCCUGUUUCGUAAGCUGAGCGACCUCACGUACGACAACACGACGGUGGUGCAAAGGUACAUCGAGAGCCCCCUGCUGAUCGGCGGCUACAAAUUUGACCUAAGGUUGUACGUGUGCGUGCCGUCGUACCGGCCUCUGACCAUAUAUCUGUACAAGGAAGGCCUGACGCGUUUCGCCACCGAGAAGUUCUCGCUGGAACACUUGAACGACCCUUUCAGGCACCUCACCAACUUCUCCCUGAACAAACUUGGCCCGGGAUACGCGGAGAAAAAGGAGCGCGUCGGUUCUGGCUGUAAAUGGACUUUCAGACAGCUGAGGAGGUAUUUCGAGCAGGCCGGUUACUUCGAUUGGUUCCUCUGGCAGAGGAUCGCCUGCCUGGUGAGCUUGACGAUACUAAGCCAAGCGGCGGGUAUACCGAGAUCUUCCAAUUGCUUCGAGUUCUUUGGCUUCGACGUGUUGAUCGACAAGGAUCUGAAACCAUGGUUACUCGAGGUCAAUCUCAGCCCGGCAUUAAGCAACGACUGUGAGAUCGAUUCGGAGGUGAAGAAACCCUUGCUACACGACUUGUUCGAUUUACUAGGUCUUCCAGUAUGCAACACUGGACUCUCCCUGUUCACGAUAUGGUCGACGAAUCGCGUUAACGUCGACAUCGAAGAGUCUUCCAAGUACUGUAAGGGCCGGACCGCGAAGAAGAAGUCCAGAACCGGUCGGGAGAUCGACGGUUUCGUAAAUCUAUGCACGGAUCUUCAGCCUACUCUUAGACAAUCGAAUCUACACGAUUGUUCGAAUUCAUGGUCUCGUUACAAUCCCUUGUUGGUGGACAAAUACAUUCCUCGCGGUUUCCGUGGUACCAAUCCUGAGAAUCACGAUAAGACAUCGGUUUGGGACAAUGGAAAGGACUGGAACACACCUUGCAUGAAAGAGGGUGGAUGGGUCCGUAUUUAUCCAUUGACUCGGGCGCAGUCCAACGACAACGCGGAGUACGUGUCUGCGUCGGCUACCGAGUCUUCGCGGGUCGUGGAAAAGGAAGUCAGGAACACGGUUCUUUGUAUACAGAAGUAUCUGAAAGCUGCCAAAGAAGUACACAAAAAGUCCGAGAAAUAUAGAGACGAACAAUGUAACGCGAUGCUCCGUAAAGCGUUCGAAUUAAAUACCGAAAUAUGGCUGCCAGCAAAGUGAUUAAAACGAUUGAAUAAGAUGUUCUUUACCUUUGUCGCGGCUUUAAAGCGACGUUUCGCACGAUACGCCUUAAUAAUCUGUACAGAUGCAUGUUCAACUAAAUCGUGAUAUUUACAUCAAUGCAUUUAAUUUAAUGAUACGUCGAUACUACAGGCGGCAAUUUGUUAAUGAUAAUAGUAUACUGGAUGUAUUUACGAUAGAGGUUUCAUUCGAUGAAGUAUUCGUAUUUCUGUUUCAUUAAUGCGGUUCCAACUAUGGGUCCUACGUGAAGACAAUGGAAGGACGGUGGUGAUGGUGGAAGGCACAUCAUUUAUUCACCAAGAAGUUCUCGGUUUAUUGAAUGUUUUCUUGAAAAUGUACAUUAAUUCACCCCCUUCGCCGCUAACCUCUUGUCGCGUUCCUCGGCGAUCGAUAGCUUAACACCUUUGUCCCUUGGCAAGCUAAUGUACGGCUUUGUACCCUUGCCGAUGAUGAACACGUUGUUCAACCUGCGCAGAAUAUUUGUUUAGAUUUUAUAUUAUGCAAUGAGGAAAAAAAAGCUGAGUGAAAUUUCAAGCGUUUCUGUCUCCUAAAUGGGUAAUACUGAAAAGCCUACGCGAAGGCAAUCAGUGACCAAUAUGAAGGAAUUUCAUUUUGGCCAAAUUUUGACUACAAUACGUGUAUUAUGCAUUAUCAUAGCUUCGAUUAUGGCCAAUAGAAAUGAAGUAAAGCUCUUUCGCAUUAUUUUAAAUCAAGAUAUAAAUGUCGACAGUAAAUGUACAUACCUCGUUGCGAAAGUAUGUCCUUGUGAAUCUUUAAUAUGACAAAUAUCAAAGGAUCCAGGAUGACGUUCGCGACUGACAACCGUACCGACACGCCCCAAAUUU